CGCCGCUCCCAUCGCCAUGGCUACGUCCUCCUGGGUUCCGAAGUUCCUGCGUUUUCUUGAGGGGUUCAGAAUUCAGAAACAGGUGACCAGAAAUUUUGCUAGUACUCCUCAGACGGUAACACUGAUCCCAGGAGAUGGUAUUGGGCCUGAAAUUUCUGCUGCUGUGGUGGAGAUUUUUGAAACUGCUAAGGUCCCUGUUCAGUUUGAAGAAAGAAUCGUGACUGCCAUCCAAGGGCCAGGAGGGAAAUGGAUGAUACCACAAGAUGCCAAAGACUCUAUGGACAAGAACAAAAUAGGAUUAAAAGGUCCUCUGAAAACACCCAUAGCUGCUGGCCAUCCGUCCAUGAAUUUACUGCUCCGUAAAACAUUUGACUUAUAUGCUAAUAUCCGCCCUUGUGUGUCCAUUGAGGGCUACAAGACCCCUUACACAGAUGUGGACAUCGUCACCAUACGAGAGAACACGGAAGGCGAAUACAGCGGCAUUGAGCACAUAAUUGUUGAUGGUGUUGUGCAGAGCAUUAAACUCAUCACCGAGGACGCAAGCAAACGGAUUGCUGACUUUGCUUUUGAAUAUGCCAGGAAUAAUCAGAGGAGCAAAGUUACGGCUGUGCAUAAAGCUAAUAUUAUGCGUAUGUCUGAUGGUCUGUUUCUGAGAAAAUGUAGAGAAGCAGCAGAAAACUGUAAAGAUAUUAAAUUUAACGAAAUGUACCUCGACACUGUGUGUCUGAAUAUGGUGCAGGAUCCAUCUCAGUUUGAUGUCCUGGUCAUGCCAAAUUUGUAUGGGGACAUACUUAGUGAUCUAUGCGCGGGCUUAAUCGGGGGUCUUGGUGUGACUCCUAGUGGGAAUAUUGGUGCUAACGGAGUUGCAAUCUUUGAAUCGGUACACGGAACAGCUCCGGAUAUUGCCGGAAAAGACUUGGCCAACCCAACGGCGCUUCUCUUGAGUGCUGUCAUGAUGUUGCGUCACAUGGAAAUGCAAGACUUUGCCAUGAAAAUAGAAACGGCUUGCUUUGAGACCAUCAAAGACCAGAAGGUCUUGACCAAAGAUUUGGGAGGCAACGCCAAAUGUUCAGAGUUCACCGCAGAGAUCUGUCGCAGAGUCAGAGCCAUGGAAUAGACGUCUUCUCCGUGUCCUCCUGUUUUCAAUCCCCCCCUAAAGGAUGCUGUUAUUUAUUAUAUGUCAGAUCCAUUUAUCUUCUUUUUCUAGAAAUAAACUCCUUUCCAUUUCCAUUGCUUGAAACAAUGAAAUUGUUAGCUGCCCCUGCAUUUCAGACCCUUCCACGUUCCAGAAACGCUCCAAAACUUGAAGUAUAUAUUUUUUUCUCACCCCAGCAGUAGAAGACACUCCUCAAGCUGUCCUUAAGCAGCUUCCUGGCCUUAAAAUAGCACAGAAUAUUUUUUUUCCCUUUGUAAAUAGACUUUUUUUUUUCAUUACUAACACCUGGAACUUGCCCUUCCAAAGCUUAAAGACUUGAAGCUGUGGGCAUUUCAACUAUUGCACAUAAAAUGUCAAGUAUCCAGAUUUUAAGGGCAGAAGGAAUAUCAUUCAGCGGUAAAACCUAACCAUGUUAACCUGUU